CGCCGCCUGGCCGUCCCGUCAGUGUCACUCCCUUCCCCAGCUGACCGACUCUCGUGGAGCUCUCGGCUCUCCAGAACCCAGAUCAGGCGCACCGCGCACCUCUCUCCCGCCCCCCACCCCCGAACUGCGUCGGAGCGGAGAUCCGUCCCUACCACUCCACCUCGACCCGGAUCGACCUCUUCUCUUGCUGUAAAGAACAUUAUUUUUGUGGCUGCAAAGUUCUAUAGUUCUGGAGGAGCAGGAUGGAGCUUAUCAUUAUCAUCUCACUUGUCAUUCUUUUAGCACUAGGAGCUCUCUUUGUGAUCCCAAGGUCCCAAAAUAAAGGUAAAUCAAAGGGACCUGAUUCAGGAGCUGGAGUGACAUCUAAGAGCUAUACAAAGGAAGAAAUCUCUAAACAUAACACAAGGAAGGAUUGUUGGAUAAUCAUCAAGGACAAGGUUUAUGAUGUCACUCCUUAUGUGGAGGAACAUCCAGGCGGAGAUGCUAUUCUAAAUAAUGCUGGUGGUGAUUCCACAGAAGGCUUUUUUGGGCCACAACACGGCACCAGGGUCUUCGACAUCAUCGACGAUUUCUGCAUCGGUCAGUUGAAGGCUUCAUGAUGAUAAGAGCCUCAGGUUGUAUUGAAUUCAUGGAAUUUUCCUGAGACCAAUUUAUGAGAAGCUAUGGAUAUGGUAGCCAUGUUUCAGCCUUGCAAUGGUCAGCCGUUGAGAUGUCUGAGUGGAAUUUGUUCUGCAUUUGUGAUCAGGGCUGCUCUCAGCUAGCUUUGUGAUGUAACCUCAUAUCUUGUGCUGGAACAAUGCCAGCAUCACUGACAACUGAUUGUCGUGUUUGUAUUUCUGUUCUUAUUGAACAGAGAUUCUGAAACGGUUGCAAUUGUUUAGACUAAUCAGGACCCAGCUCUCGUAAUUAUUUUGGUUGAUCCGAACCCA